AUGUUUAGGUUUGUACAGCAAACACAAGUGCUUAAGGGUAGGGUGCCUAACCAAAUCGUAUCAGCGUCGCGGAAUUCGUUUCAUCCGCAGAACUCGUUGCGGUUUAACAGUGCGGUGACAUUGGAUAAGUCUGCUUCGCAGGAACCCCAAAGCAGUGGUUCUUAUGGCUCAGGAUCUGGCACAAGUCCUCAGUUGCAGCAGACUGUGAAGAAGGUACGUUCGUUGAGAAAAAAUGUAAAGUUGAACAGUAAUAAUAAUGGCAAGUUCCGUACGUCGCCUGAGUCGCCUUGGUUUCAUAAGGUGUGUGCCUUUGAUGAGUAUGUGAAUCAGUCUAUGGAAACAUCUUUACGGCAUCGUUCUGACGGGUUACCGCCAGUUCAAUCGACAUUGUUUUGGGAUUCUAUCGGGAAAGCGAUGAGUCUUUAUCGAGAAUUGACACUGAGUCCAGAAUUGAAGCCUUAUAGAGUGUCAAAGUUGGUGAAUUUGUUGCAUCUUGGUCUGAAGGUUAACCGAAGCCAACUUACUAGUAUGAACAAGAAGCCAGAUUACGAUUCACAGUCUUUCCACAAAGAGAUGACGAACUAUCUGUGUGAUUCGCUGCGAGAGAUAUCGGGGGAUAUACUCGCACAACGUGUAGCGGUAUCUGAAUUUGGUGCUUUGCACCUCCUAGAAUCAUUCAAAGAGUUACUGCUUCAUGAAGAAACUGUUUCUACUUGGCAAUCUGCUGUCAACUCCGCAGAUCAUAAUAUCGUCGAACUCUUUAUGAAGCCAAGUGUUGUUGGAGUGGUGCUGCCACUUCUUUAUGAAAAUGGCACAUCAUAUGAGGAAAUCCAAAUUUUGUAUGAGAAGUCCGCAGCCACGAACAAAAAGCAAGCCUACUUGGACCCUGGCUUAACUUUGGGGAUGAUAAAAGCGUCCUUAGCAGCUGGAGAAACUGAAAAGGCACUGAAAUUGUUUCAGGAUAUUUGCGAAACUAAUUCUAAUGGCAUUUCCAGAACGGUGAUUACAGGCACUCAUUUGGCGUUCAUUGGAGAAUGUAAGGACUUGUCUGUUGCUAAAACCUUUUUUGAAAGGGCUUUAGCUGAUGGGUUACCCUACAAGAUGAAUUUACAGGUUUCUUCUGUCAAACUGUUGUUGCAGAACAUCUGGGGCCAAACUCGGGACUUUCAACAAGUUUCUGAGAUUUGGGAAAGGGCUUCCAGAUACUACGGUAGGAAUGUAUCGCAUGGUAUUUCAUCCUCACUUAAUUCGAAGUUCUUUUCAAUAUUCUUUGAACACUUCCUCCUUGAUAGGGUCAAUGGCGCUUCUCGCCUACGGGAGCUAAUUGCUGCUUACAAUAACAUAAAGCCAAUAGAUGAGCCUUUUUUCAAUAUUAUCUUAACUAAGUGUACAGUUUGGGGUGACCGUGAUAUUAUUGAGGCAAUUGAAAAUUCUUAUGACAUCUACCAUAUUCCAAAGACAAUUGUCACAUAUAGAAUUUUGUUAAAGGCCAUGGGCUCUAUUGACGUUUCUAACGAAGAAAUUCAUAAAAAAUGGAUACAGUUAGUUACUAAGGCUGAUGCGAUAGGUCAGAAUUAUAUCGCAAAUGCUGAUUGGGCAGCUCUAAGAGACGCUACUGUCGCAUAUGUUCAUAAUCAAACAAAUUCAGUCUCUCGAGAACACGGAGUAUUGUUAAAGUCCACAUAUGAGGAUUACAAUCCAGCUUUGGAAGCAGCUAACGCGUCCGGUGCGUUUGACUUAGAUAUCAAUUCUCAAAGACCUCCAAAUAAUCUUUCAGAACAACAUCAACAAUCACUCAAGAAAGUCGAUGAUAGAAUUGAAUUAUACUACAAAAUUGUUAAACGUUACAGCCCUUACUGUCGUGACAAUAAGCAGUAUACUCGUAUAUCAAGUGGUGUAGCUGCAAAUUUCCCUGUGGCCCAACCGUAUGUGUCCAAAUUAGCCGGCAUGGACGUUUCAGACACCUAUAUUCCAUCGUUUAAGAACUUCCGCCACAACUUGUGA